UGCAUGCAGCUGAAGAAACUGGUAGAUGAGAAUGCAAAUGCUCUUCGUGAUUUGAAAAAAGCUGAUGAGCCUGCGCCGGUGGGGAAUUAUAAUCAGAGGAAAGAAGAAGAAGAAAAGCUAUUGCUAAAACUCUGCCAGCAGCUGCAGAAACUUUUCCUUACCUUGGAUCAGGAUAACGCGACUACGAAUUGUGCAGUGGAUAAGGAACAGCAGAAAGAUCCUCGAACAGAAGGUGGAAAUGGAGAAGAGGAUGAGAGUGAAGAUGAAGAAAGUAGUGAGGAGGAAGACAGUGAAGAAGCAGAUGAUGAUGAUGAGGAUAAAUUGCUGGAUGAUCCAAAUGUUAAAGAAUGUGUUGCAGUUGGGAACUUUAAUGCACAGCAGGAAGGGGAUCUCACGUUUAGGCAAGGUGAAAUCCUACUUAUACACGACAAGAAGGCGGAUGGCUGGUGGGUAGCCGAAAACUCGAAAGGGGAGAGGGGCCUCGUUCCUAGAACCUAUCUGGCGGUCCAUAAUGAAGAUGUCGACAGCCAAGAGCAAAGUGAAGAACACAUAGAAGUGGUGGAUGAAACAGAUGGAACUCAAAUUAGAAAAAGAACGGAUUCUCACUGGAGUGCUGUAAGAAGAGCUAUCACAGAGAACGACACAGUAGAGGUAUUGGCAACCAUCGGAGCAGUUCCUGCAGGAUUCCGCCUAUCUACACUUUUCCAGCUCUUAGAAGAAGGCCAUCAGUUUCGAGCAAGUUACUUUUUGAAGCCUGAACUUACUCCUUCACAGUUGGCUUUCAAAGACUUGGUGUGGAACCCUGAAAAAAACACUAUCUAUCCCAGACCAACUCGAGUAUCCCUGAUUGUAACUUUAUGUAGCUGUAAAACGAUUCCUCUCCCAGGAGUCAGUAUACAGGUUCUCAGCAGACAUGUCCGGCUCUGUCUGUUCGAUGGCGAUCGGGUGCUGAGUAACAUUCACACAGUGAGGGCUACGUGGCAACCUAAAAAUCCUCAGACGUGGACCUUUUCUCCAAGGGUAACGGGCAUUUUACCCAGCUUGCUGGAUGGUGACUGUUUUGUCAGGUCCAACUCUGUGUCGUCAGACAUCGGUAUAUUAUUUGAACUGGGCAUCACUUAUAUUCGCAAUUCAACAGGUGAAAGAGGAGAGCUAAGUUGUGGCUGGGCAUUUCUGAAGCUUUUUACUUCUAAUGGGAUGCCAGUUCCUUCCAAGAUGUAUGAGCUGCUAUUAAAUGGUGGUACUCCCUAUGAGAGAGGCGUUGAGGUUGACCCAUCAAUAUCAAGAAGAGGCAGCGGGGUUUUUCAUCAGUUAAUAACACUCAAGAAACAGCCCGUGCUUGUAGUGAAACUGAGGUCGUUAAGUGCGCAGUCAAAAGACAUCCUGAAUUUGCUACCAGAAACGUUAAUCGGCAGCAUGUGCUACAUCCACAUCUUGAUAUUUUAUCGGCAAAUACUUGGUGAUGCACUCCUGAAAGACAGAAUAAGCAUGCAGAGCACAGAUUUAAUCUGUAAUCCUAUUUUAGCAACUUUCCCUCAACUCAUGGAUCAACCAGACCUGAUGGAUGCACUUCGGAGCGCUUGGGCAGAUCGAGAAAGAACGCUGAAGAGAUCCGAGAAGAGAGAUCAAGAAUUUCUGAAGUCUCUGUUUGUCCUGGUGUACCACGACUCUGUCUUCCCUCUCCUCCAGUCCACUCUCCUCCCUGACUACAAAUGGGCUGAGGAAGAGUCUGAGGCAUCUCACUGGCAGGUGAUUGCUGAAUUUUUGAAAAAAAGCCAAGAGAAUGAUGGUGCGCUUCAGUAUCUGCUGUCAUCAGAAAACACUCACAAAGCCUUUGAUAUCUCAGAGCUGACUUACGAUUUCUUAGGAGAAGUGAGGAAAAACAAUCCUGGAGUAUGA